AUGACAUCAGAGGACAGGGAGACGAUGGAAGCCCGGGGGGCGGGAGAAAGCUGCCCAGCCAUCCCCAAGAUGGCGCCCGAUGACCCCAUGUCUGAAGGGAAGUCGAGGGCUGCUUUGGAGGCAGAGCCCCCUAAGCCAGACUCUUCCUACGACUACCUGGAGGAGAUGGAAAUUUGUGACGACAGAGGCUGCUCAGAGCCACCUAAAUUGCCAUCCCCUAAGGCUGGCCCCACCACCAAGGGCCAGGCGGGUGAUGGGCCUGAACUCACAGAGAAGCCCCUGGCCCCAGGGACCCAAGGAAUUGAGUGCAGUGCUGAGAUGGAGCUGGAGAAAGUGCGCAUGGAGUUUGAGCUCACGCGGCUGCAGUACCUGCACCAGGAGAGUGAGCGCCAGCGGCAGCACGAGGAGGUGAUGGAGCAGCUGCGGCAGCAGGCGGCACCCCAUCUGUUCUCAGGAGGCCUCCAGGACCUCCUGCACCCCCAGAACCAGUUUGCCCUGUUCCUGUACUGCUUCAUCUUUAUACACAUAAUCUAUGUCACCAAGGAGAUGAUCUUCUUUCUCUUCUCCAAGCACUACCUGUUCUGCAUCGCAGCCAUUUUGCUUUGUUUGAUUAAAACUUUAUGGUCAUAG